AAAAAAAAAGAAAAAAAAAACAAAAAACAAAACAUACAUCAAAGAUUCUUUUAUCCGUGUUACAAAGGAACAAAAAAAAAAAAAGUGGAAAUUAGUAUUUUUUUUUGUGAUAACAAAUGAGAUGCUGGUUUUAUGUAAUCAUUCAAGUGCCAACUUAAGAUAAAAUUGUUCACGGCGUUUCUAAAAAGGAUAUCGAUUUUUAUUUAUUUAUUUAGUGUAUAAUAUUUGUGUUAAAAAGGAUAAUGAUAUGUUAAUUAAUAUUUAAUAAAGAUGUCUCUGUCAUUUGAAUGAUAAAAAAAAAAAAAAAAGAAAGACAAAAAAAAAGACAAAGCGAAACAAAUGCUAGCAAUCUCUUUUCAAUUAUCUUCAAUAAAUUAUGUAAAGUUGGAUAAUCCGUACAUAUUACUUUAAAAUUUUCUACAAAAAAAAAAAAAAAGAAAAAAAGAAAUCGCUUAAGUAUUAAUCUAUCUUAUUUCAAAAGUUAUAAAAUAUUAUCUAUAUUAUUUAUGUGCAAUUGCUUUCGUCCAUAUAAAUUGUUUAAUCACUCUACAUAAUACUGAUUAUGUAUGGUCACACAUAUUAUCACCAACAUUUAUUCUACCAUUUAUCUCAUAAUUCACAUGAUUACAUAUUCUUUUAUCCUUCACUUCCACAGCUUCCAUAUUGAGAUAAACACAUACUUUUUAUUGUUAUUAUUAAUAUAUAUCAACUAACUCAAAGAUGAAUUGUGAGAAACAAGGAUACAGAAUUGAAAGAGAUACAUUUGGAGAAUUAAAAGUUCCUAAUGAUAAGUAUUAUGGAGCACAGACUGUACGAUCGAUGAUGAAUUUUGCCAUUGGAGAUUCAUUUGAACGCAUGCCUUAUGGCAUUAUUGUUGCAAUGGGAAUAUUAAAAAAAGCUACAGCCGAAGCAAAUAAAGAAUUUGGGUUGGACCCAAAAAUCGCUGAUGCGAUUAGUAAGGCUGCUGAUGAUGUUAUAAGUGGUAAACUUUAUAAUGAACAUUUUCCAUUAGUGAUUUGGCAAACAGGUUCUGGAACUCAAACAAAUAUGAAUGUUAAUGAGGUGAUUUCCAAUCGCGCAAUUGAAUUACUUGGUGGAAAACUUGGAUCAAAAAUACCAGUUCAUCCCAAUGAUCAUGUAAACAAGUCACAAAGUUCUAAUGACACAUUUCCAAGUGCAAUGAAUAUAGCUGUAGCGUUAGAAAUUAACAAAGUACUUCUGCCAGGUUUAGAAUGUUUAUUAGAGGCAUUAAAAUCAAAAGUAGAAGAAUGGAAGAAUAUAAUUAAAAUUGGAAGAACUCAUACACAAGAUGCAGUACCUCUUACAUUGGGACAAGAGUUUUCAGGCUAUGCGACACAAAUUCAAAAUGGAAUUUGUAGAGUUAAAGAUACUCUUCCACGGUUAUAUGAAUUAGCAUUAGGUGGUACAGCAGUUGGAACAGGAUUAAAUACGCCAAAAGGAUUUAGUGAAAAGGCAAUUGCAGGAAUUGCUAAGUUAACUAAUUUACCAUUUGUCCCAACAUCAAAUAAAUUUGAAGGUCUUGCUACGCACGAUGCUCUGGUUGAAGUACAUGGUGCAUUAAAUACAGUUGCUGUAUCUAUGAUGAAGAUAGCAAAUGAUAUUCGAUUUUUGGGAAGUGGUCCUCGCUGCGGUUUAGGAGAAUUAUCCUUACCGGAAAAUGAACCAGGCAGUUCAAUUAUGCCAGGAAAAGUUAAUCCUACUCAAUGCGAAGCAGUUACAAUGGUUUGUUGUCAAGUGAUGGGAAAUCUUGUUGCCACAUCUAUUGCUGGAAGUAAUGGUCAUUUCGAACUUAAUGCAUUUAAACCAGUAAUAGUAGCCAAUACAUUACGAUCUACAAGAUUGUUAGGAGAUGUUGCUGUAUCGUUUACAAAGAAUUGUGUUGUUGGAAUAAAAGCAAAUAAGGAUCAUAUAAGCAAAUUAUUGAACGAAAGCUUAAUGUUAGUUACUGCUCUUAAUCCACACAUUGGAUAUGAUAAGGCUGCUAUUAUCGCUAAACAGGCUCAUAAAGAAGGAAGUACUUUAAAAGAAUCUGCAUUGAAAAAUGGAAUUACUGCUGAACAAUUUGAUCAAUGGGUCAGACCUGAAAAUAUGCUUGGACCUAAAUAAAUUUAUAGAAAAUAACAUAAAAUUUGUUAUUUUUAAAAUAGCUUAUUUUGAAAAGUACAUACAAUUUUUUGUUUUUUUUUUUUUUGUUUUUUUUUUUUUUUUUUUUUUUAUAGAGAAUUCUUCCCUUUAUACAAAAGAGCGCUGAAAAAAAUGUUCUAUAACAUUAUUAAAAUCUCAAUUAUAAUACCAUCUUUUAUCAACAAGCACAGUUUUAUAUUUAUAAUUGUUACCAUGUAUAAUUAAAUGUAAUUGAUAAAAUUAAAUAAAUAUUUAUUUAUCGUUGGUUUAAUAUCAUUUUAUAUAAAUUUUAACGAGAAUAUAUAUGGAUUAUAAACGAAGUCAAUACUAAGUAUGUUGCGUAACCGUCAUUAGUAUCAUAUCAGAAAUAUGUUGUAAUACAUCUUUUUUAUAAGAUGCUGCACAUGUUUUAUCAUAUUUAUAGGUCAAAGUAUAAUAAUCUCGAUAGUUCUAAAAAAAUUUUCAUCUAAACUUUCAUUCGUAUAUCGUAGAUAGAACGUGUAAACAAAAUGUUACCUCAAUUUCGAACGAUUAUUAGAAUGUUUAGUGCACGUAAUUAUAAUAAAGUUGGUAUAAUUGGCGUGCCUUUUGAAAAAGGACAGCGAAAGGAAGGUGUUGCCCUAGGUCCUAAAGUAAUCAGAGAAACUGGUCUUAUAAAAGAAUUAGAAGUAUUAGGUAAUUAAUUUUCAUUGUAAAUAUUUAAAUUACAGAUCUAUUUAAAAAUUAUAUAUUUCUAAUAGGUUUAGAUGUCCAAGAUUAUGGAGAUAUAAAAUAUGAAGCAAAAGGUACAAGUGAUGUAAAUAAUAUGACACAUUUAGGAGAUGUAGCAGCAUGUACUAGACUUUUAU